AUGUCGCUCAAAUGUGAGCUAAGCAGUAUGCAUGCUGCAGCCGAUAAGUAUGCUAUGCUCGAAGAUCCUGACGUCCAGGUCAAGCAAUGGAUGUCCAUGGUGAGGGAAUUGGCCUAUGAUAUUGAGGAUUGCAUCGAUAAGUUCAUUCACCGGCUCGAUGAUGAUGGGCGCCAUAGUGGUUUCAAGGAGUUCUUCCUCAAGACUACUCGCCAACUUAAGGCGCUUGGAGCUCGGCGUGGAAUCGCCGACCAAAUUGAUGAACUAAAGGUUCGCAUCAAGCAAGUGAAAGAGCUUAAGCACAGUUACAAGCUAGAUGAGGAUACUUGUAGCACGUUGGUUGUGGAUCCCCGAUUGUGUGCUCUUUUUGCCGAUCAGGCACACCUUGUGGGCAUUGAUGGUCCAAGAGAUGAUCUUGCCAAGUGGAUGAAUUUUGAUUGUCGGGCUUUUGUAUCAGUCUCACAAAAGCCAAACAUAAAGAAAACUAUUAGUGACCUCAUCUGGAAAAUGCCUUACCCUGAUGGAUUCACAAAAGAUAUUGACAUUUGGGAUGUAAUGACAUCUAUUGAAAAGUUGAGAGAGCUGCUACAAGAUAGGAGGUAUCUCGUUAUAACUGAUGAUAUAUGGUGUGCACAAGCAUGGGACACUAUCAAGUGUGCUUUUCCAAAGAAUAAUUGUUAUAGCCGGAUUAUAGUCACUACACGCAAUAUCGAUGUAGCAAGGUCAUGUUGUAUAGGUGGUGAUGACCGUGUUUAUGAAAUGAAAGCAUUAAGUGAUCUUCACUCUAAUAUAUUGUUUCUUAGAAGAAUUUUUGGCUCAGAGCAAAACUGCCCUGAUAUUUUGAAAGAUGUUUCAAAUAAAAUCCUGGGAAAAUGUGGAGGCCUACCAUUGGCAAUUAUCAGUAUAUCCGGUUUAUUGGCAACCAGACCAACUGUCAAAGAGGAGUGGGAGAAGAUUAAAAGGUCAAUUGGUUCUGCACUGGAAAAUAACCAGAGUUUAAAGGGAAUGAGUACCAUACUAAACCUUAGCUACAAUGAUCUUUCCCCUAGUAUCAAGACAUGUUUGUUGUAUUUAAGUGUAUUCCCUGAGGAUUGUGUAAUUGGAAGAGAAAGGUUGGUGAGAAGAUGGAUAGCAGAAGGUUUUAUAUGUGAAGAGCGUGGACUGAGCCGACAAGAGGUUGCCGAGAACUACUUUUACGAGCUUAUCAACAAAAGCAUGGUACAACCAGUGAGCAUUGGCCAUGAUGGUAAGGCUGACGCAUGUCGGAUCCAUGACAUGAUGCUGGAACUUAUUAUUUCCAAAGCAACCAAAGAUAAUUUUGUCACUGUGGUAGGUGGAGGCCAAACGAGGUUGGUAAAUCAUAAUGGUUUUAUUCGACGACUAUCCAUCCAACAUAAUGAAAAGGAGAAUGCAUAUGCGUUAGUUAAAGAAGAUCUAAGCCAUGUUCGAUCUCUAACUGUAACAUCAUCAUAUUACAUCAGGCACCUGCCUGGCCUUAUUGAAUUUGAAGCUUUACGAGUACUGGAUUUUGAGGACUGUGAGGGCUUAGAGGAGUAUGAUCUUUACAAUAUGGGAAAAUUGUUCAAACUAAAAUACCUCAGCCUUUGUUGCACAGGCCUAUCAAAGCUACCAUCAGGCAUUGUGAUGCUAUGUGAUCUAGAGACCCUAGAUCUUAGGAAUACAUGUGUGCAAGAGUUGCCAUCUGGAAUUGUUCGCCUCAUUAAACUGCAACACCUACUAGUUGCAGUGGGAACAAAGUUACCAAAUGGAAUUGGAGAUAUGAGGAACUUACAGAUAAUCUCUGGAUUUAAUAUUACCCGUAGCCCAUUUUUUGUGGUGGAGGAACUUGGGAACCUAGAAAAUUUGUCUGGACUUGAUAUAUAUUUCGAUUGUGAAGGACUCGAGGAGUACAAGAAGCAUGAAACGAUGCUACAUUCCUCACUGUGCAAGCUUGGCAACCAUAAACUCGUGUCUUUACGGAUAACUAGAUACGGUGGCUCCCUUGGGUUCUUAGAUUCAUGGUCCCCAUUGCCAUUUUCCCUUCAAAUAUUCUAUAUGUCCAGCGACUAUUAUUUUAAGAAUGUUCCAAGGUGGAUUGUACCAACUCUCACCAGCCUAGCUUACUUGGACAUCAAUUUAACUGAAUUAACAGAGGAGGGUCUGGUUACUCUUGGGGAGCUCCCAGCAUUACUUUGUCUGGAGCUAUGGUUGAACACAGGACAACAGAACGGGCUAAUUACAGUCCAAGGCACUGGAUUCCCAAAUCUUAAGGAGUUAGGAAUCAGUGGUGCUGUUGAAGCAUACGUUACGUUCAUGAAAGGUGCUAUGCCGAAGCUUGAGAAGAUUGGUGUGCCAUGUCUUGUGCCAGUGGCAAAAACUUAUGGCUUUUAUAUAGGCCUUGAGAAUCUCACUUGUCUCAAGCAAGCAACAAUAAUGCUUGUCAAGGACAAAUCCACACCUUCUAAGAACAAGGCCGGAGCUACUGCGAUCAGGAAAGAAGCAGCUAUCCAUCUCAACCAUCCCACAGUUUAUAUACUGGGAGAAUCUGAUUGUUAG